UGUAUUGUUGUUGUUGGGUUUUUUGUUGUUUUACUUGCAUGACUGGGGCUUGUAUGAAAUUUUAGUAGAAACAACGAUCACACUCGUAUACUGACUAUUGAACGGUGAAUGUGUACGUACGUGGUUAUAUUUUCAGAAAGCGCGUAAUUUUUGUUAUUAAACAUUUUUUUUCCCAAUUAAAACAACAAAAAUCUAACACACCUUACCUUUACAAAAAAUUAAAUUAAAUAAAUUUCUUUAAUUAAAGAAAUCUAUAAAUUAAAAAAAAAAAUUUCUCCUUAACGCGUUAAGUGUUUUUGUUUAUAUUAAAAAAAUUUCACAAAAAAUAAAUAAAUAAAAAUUUAUUUAUUUACCCAUAAAAGUAUUUAAUUUUUAUUAAAUAUCAAUAAUUAUAACAUAAAAAAUCAACAAAAUAGUGCCAAUAGUUUAAAAAAAGAAGCAAACACAUUAAUAUUAUUAACAAAAUAAAAAAAAAAGUAAUAAAAAUGUAUGCCUAAUUUACUACAACUGUGUGUGUUUAAUAGAAAAGUAGCAGCAACAACAAAACGGCCUUUCUUCCUUCACUAAAAUCUACAACAACAUCAAUACAAGCAGCAGCAACAAAAUCAACGUUAUUUAUUUGUAUAUGCAGAGAGUGUAUAUAUGGAAAAAAAUACAGUGUUUGUGUGUGUGUUUUAAAUAAAAGUAAAUGAAAGAAAAUCAACAACAACAACAGCCGCACUACUAUACAAAAAUUAAAGCAAAAAUAGAAACAACAAAAAUGCAGUUACUUAUUUUUGACAAAUGAGUACAAUAAGAAAAUUAAUAAAAAUAGAGAGAGAGGCAAAUAUUAAAUAUAAAAAAGAAGAAAAGAGAGCAAGUGUUUAUUAAAAAAGCAAAAGAAAACAGCUCCAAUAAAACAAGAAAAAUUAUUAAAUUAAAUAGCAAAAAAAGCCUUUAAAAAUAAUUAAAAUAAAAGGAAAACACAGUUUCUAACAACAAACAACAAAACAAAUAAAAUGAAAACCUAUUAAUAAUAAAAAAAAACAAAAAGAAAAUUUCCUCAAAUCAAAGCUAAAUUUAAAUAAAUUCCCCACAAAAUCUGCAAAAUUUACUGCAAAAUACUUAAAAUUUUGAAUGUAAUUUGUGUAAAAUGUCAGCUGAUAUAGAAAUUACCAGCGUUUUGGGCACCAAUGGCCAGCCUUUACCCAUACACGGUACCGGCUUGGGCUCCACCUGGGCGGCUCCCGUCAAACAAGAGCGACCCGAUGAUGCCGAAAUCCAAGAGUUGGCCGCCAAAAUGAAAGAGGCCCAAAAAGAUGCCUUAGCCAAACAGCAGCAACAGGCGGCCCAACUGGCCCUGCGCCAGGCCAAUGGCGGCAUGCAGCCUCCAGUAGCCGCCAAUGGCCAAACCAAUAUACUCAACUACUUAAAUCGCCCGCAAAAACCCGCCAAUGGCUCCGUCACCUCCAAUGGUCGUUCCUCCAGCACCGAUGACAACAAGAAACCGCCCUGUGAUGAGGAAUCACAAAAGGGCCAUUUCGGCUGGACCACAUUUGGCAAAACCUAUAUACCCUAUAUAUACCGGCAACAGGAAAAAUACUGUUCGGUGCGCAUGAUAGAAAUGAAACUAUUGGGUAAAUAUCUAAAUUGCCUGCAUCCCGACAUCUAUUCCAGCUGCACUUGUGUACGUUCCUACUAUAUAACCGAGGCGGAGGCUAGACUGUUUAUAGAAAUCAAUCACAAACACUGUGAUGGUGAAUUUGGCCGUGAUAUGUUUACGCAAAAGGAUUUGGUGGUGCGUCUGUCGGAUGCCACCAAAUUCUAUCAGUUCUUGGAUAUUUGCUAUCGCAAAUUGAUAUCGGGCAGCAAAUCGCCCUCGGAAAAAUGUGGUUUUAUACGCAUAAACAAAGAGUCGGUGGUGCCGUAUACGGUGCGCAAUGGUGAACAGGUGGUGCCUUUGUUUUAUUUCGAAGGCGAAACUGAGAAUCUUAAGCAAAAGGCCGACUUAUUGUCCGGCUGGGAUUUGGCGUAUUUGAAGUUUUGCUGCAAGGUUCAGGGUAUACGCAAUGAACUGUUCUCCAGUGAAAAUGUGGCGGUCAUAAGCCUUACAGAUAUCAAAAGCUAUUUUCCCAAUGGCACAGAAUUUGAGGAUUAUUGGCCCAGCAAAGUGGUGGACUCAAAUUUGCUUAUAGGCAAUCGAUCGAAUGCCAAUAAUUCGGUGAAUUGGACAAGGCAACCCUCACAGCCACCGCCAAAAGUUCUAACACAAACGAGUAUGCAGCAAAAGCAGCAACAACAACAACAUCCCUCAGCGGCCGCAGCAGCAGCGGCGGCAGCCCAACAGCAACAAAUCAUGAAACGUGGUCAGACGGCAGCAGCUGUAGCGGCAGCUGCCUCAGCAUUUAAUGCCCAAAAUAUUUUGCAACAGCCCAAUGCGGCAGCAGCUGCAGCGGCUCAUAGAAUGCACUCGAAUGCAGCUUUAGCAGCACAAGCUGCCACCGUACAGGCUAUUGCAAAUGGUUCCUGGAUGUCUCAGCAACAAAAUUCCCUACCUUUAAUACAUGCUCAAAUGUUAGCUUCACAGCAGGCGGCAGCCCAACAAAAUCAUGCCGCCAAUUCCCGCAAUCAAUAUCGCAAUCCCAUGGAGAAUCUCAUUUUGAAUAAUCGCCAACCCUAUGGAGCGUACAACAAUGCCACCAUAUCAAUGCAACCGGUGAAUAGUCAUGGCCAGGGUAAUGCUCCACCUCCCCUAGUACGUUCGGCAGGACAACAAAAUGCCAAUCAUAUGUCUAGUAUCGAGCAAACGUUGCUGCAACAACAACAACAACAAACACAACAACAGAGACCCUCCCAAACAGUAAACCAACAACAAAGACACAUAAAUACCUCCCUGAAUCCCGUACAUUCUCCCAAUAGCUUGAGCAAUCACAAACAAUCACACUCUCCCUCCACGGCCUCGGCCUCUUCAAAUGCCAAUGCUUUGCUGGCGAAUAAUUUCAAUUUAGCUGCCUCUUCGGCACCGGCCACGCCACAAGAUUUCAAUAAUCUGGCUUUGUGGAAUCAAUUAACGCCCAGCCAACGUUUGGCUUUGACCCAGCAAUUUAAAAAUUCUGGCAGUUUAUUGGGCAAUAAUGCUAAGAAUCCUUUCCCUCCCUUGCCUUCUUUACCCCUGGAUACAGAUUUAAUUACCAUGUUGGACUACAAUCCCAAUAAGGCAAAAUCCACAACGCCAAGUGCUAGUGCAGCCUCACCACAGGCUACUGAUACAGCUGCACGCAAUAACAAUGGCCAGUUUACUAAGCCUCAUGUGCCGCCCUUGAUUCCCGUCAAUAAUUUAGAGGCUCAGCGUAAAGCUCAACGUCCCACUGCUGGCUCUGGUCCAGCGGCCAGUACAGUACCUUUAAAUUCUUCCGCCGCCCUGGAAGAUUUUGAAAAGAAAUUCAAAAUGAACGAUGAAAUGAGAGCGGUAGUUCAAAAGGUACUAUCAAAUCCAGAUCUCUCUACGUUCAUACAAACUAAUGCCUCCAAUACCUUUGUGCCUUUUAUCUCGCCGCCCAUAUCACCGGCUAAUGGGGCUUUGGGUGUUGGCGGCACUUCAGUGUCUAUAGUACCUAAUCCCCAUGUAACCAUAACGCCACAACUGCCUUCACACUUUGCCCACAGUAGUGCAGCGCACUCGCCUUCCUCCGCCUCCUCUAGCUCCUCCUCAACGGGAGGCAGCCGGCAAAAGAGUGUCAUAUGCUCCACAAAUACGAUGGCAGCUUCAUUGCUGCCUUCACCCUCCACCUCUUCUUCAUCGUCCUCCUCCUCCUCCCAUUCGCCCUCGGCCGGUCGAACGAAACUGACUGCAUACAACCACCACAACCACCACCACCUUAACCACAACUCGUACACUUCACAACCACAACUUUCCUCCUCUUCUACUACACCCACACCAAUGGAAGUAAUCGAUUUAUCUUCCCCCCGAAGGUCUCUGCAAGCUGCCUCAGUCUAUUUGCAACAACAACAACAGCAGCAACAACAACAACAGCAGCAGCAGCAACAACAGGCGGCUGCCGCAGCCGCGGCCCAGCAACAAAGCCAACAGAGAUUGGCGGCGGCCGCCGUGGCUCAACAUCACUCGCAGCAAAAUGGUCGCAGCUCAUCAAACUCAUCUGCCUCCUCCCAGGUCAACUCGGCCAGUAUGCAUUUACAGCGUCACGCCCUGGCAGCAGCAGCCGCGGCCGACAAUGCCCAGCGCCUGAAUGUUAUACCCGAAAUACCCGCCAACAAUCUAAACAUGCAGCCCUACAAAGUGCAAAAGGUCUAUGUGGAGAACAAUCUGGUGCCGUGUAUCAAUAUGAAGGCCUACAAUGACAAUGAGCAGCUGAUGACAUUGACCGAUUUCCAGAAGUACUUCUAUCCCCAAGUACCUUUGGAUCAGUGCAAGCGUUUGAUCGAGGCUUUGGGUGUGGAACUGUACAAGGGCAAUAGACACCAAUUAAAGGUUUUGAUGGAGCAUGACCGGCAACACAAUGAGAAUAUACCGCUGGUGCAAGUGCGUGACAUUUUGAAAUACAUGACCCAACUGACAUUCAUGAUAAGAAAUCAAGAGCAACCACCCAAUAAGAGAUCGCGUAUAAGCUAGGAAUUGGGCUGGGGAGGACAACAUGCACAAGCAGCAGCCGCAGCAGUAGCAGCUGCAACAUCGGCAACAUCAGCAACAUCUCAAGAACAACAUCACAACCACCACCAACACCAACCACAAACACAAAGAGAGUCUUCCUCUUCCAGACAUCAUUCCACAAAUGGUGCUGCGAAAGCGGAAAACUCUAUUUCUUCAGCUGCUGCUAAUAGCAGUAGCAGCAGCAGCAGUAUCAGUAAUAAAUCAAACGCAAAUUCUAGCCACAAAACACCUUUAGCACCACCGCCACCUCACAAUGCGCUUGAUAUGUUGUACUCCCCGUUGUCAUCCUCAUCCUCUACAUCAUCAUCAGCCACCUCAGCUUCCUCAGCAGCCCGACAACAUUUAUUGCAACAGCAGCAAAAUGCUUUGCAACAAUUCCAUCAGCAUCAACAGCAACUCUUACAGCAACAUCACCAGCAUCAGCAGCAGCAACAACAACAACUACAACAUGCUGAGAAAGCAGCAGCAAACCAAAGUAAAACCAGUUCAAGUUCUUCUGGCUCCCACUCGCAUAAAACCAGUGGCAAUAGUAGUUCCUCCACCUCCGCUUCCACUACGGCCAGCUCUGCUGCCCAAAGACUGUCGGCCGCCCAUCAAUUAGCCGCCGCUGCUGCUGCAGAAAGUGCAGCUGCUUAUUAUUCAGCAGCGGCGGCAGCUGCUGCCACCAUGUUAAGUCCUCCCCUAAGUGCUGCGGCCGCCAAUUCUACCUUGAGUGCCGUUAAUCCAUUUGCCAAUCCCUUUGAUUGGUUGGGUGCCUCUAACACAGCGGCCGCUGCCUCAUCAGCUGCUUCAGCCGGCCACAAACGUUCCAGUUCUGCAUCUUCAAACAACUCCAGUUCCUCCUCAAACCACCAGCGUAAUGCUAAUACAGCUCACUCUUCCCUGGCGGCCACCGCUAGUGAUUUUCUGUCCAUGUUUAGCAGUGGCCAUGCAAACUCUUCUGCUAAUCACAAUAACACAGAUAAUCAUCAUCAAAGAUCUUCGUCGAAUGCCUCAGCCUCUUCGUUGGCUUCCAGCUCCUCCACAGCCACAGUGGGUAAUAAAUCCUCCAACUUUUCAGUGGCUUCUUUAACCUCAAAUAGCAACAACCACAACAACAGCUCCACCUCCAGUAAUAAUGCAAACAAUCAUAACAGUGCGUCAGCAAAUGCUGCCUCCACGGCCUCUGCCUCUUCGGCUACAUUGGCUGCCCAUGCGGCCGCCGCCUCGGCAGCUUUAUUCGGUGUAGCCGCUCCCUUUUCAGCACCCGCUUUAGUUAAUCCCUAUCCUCCUCAUCUGCCGGGAGUUGCGGCAGCCGGUGCCCAUGGCCUACCCUCGCCCACUAUAUAUCCACCCACACCACCGCCUUCGGCUCCUUGGAUACAUCCCUGGUAUGCUGGUGACACUUUCUAAACGGAGAACUAAGUAAGAUUAUUUGUUUUUUUAUUUAUUUCUUGUACUGUAGUUAGUAUUCAUUUACGUUUCACUUUCAAAAA